AUGAAUGAUACAGUUUUUGAUCCAACAGAAAAUUCAGAUCAAAAACCGAAAAGUGACGAAAAACCAAAAGAUGAUGAAGAUGUUGUUGUUCUUCAUAAUGUUUUCAGUGCUUUCCUUGGCUUUGUAGUCAAAAAUGGCAAUGUUCCGAAGUUAUUAACUAAAAAUACUCCUCUUCCAUGUCGUUCUGAAGUUAAAACAUACACGAACACCGGAAAAAGCCUUGUUCUUGAAGUAUAUCAAGGAGAAUCAAAUUAUUGGCAGCAUUGUAAAUUAGUUGGAAGAUAUCCAGUGAAAAUUCCAGAAAAUUCCAAACCAAAAUCAUUGAGAUUCCAACUAGUAAUUGCUGUCAAUGAAAACAUGUGUUUGGAAGUCAUCUACAAGAGGAUUGACUCAGAGUCAGGAGAUGAACAAGUGUUUAGAGGAACAAAUGUUAAUGAAGAAAGCGAAGAAACAGUGAGAUUGAUACAACACAAUAUGGAAGAGAGAGAUAGGAACGAACAGAUUAAAAAGAACUAUGAUGAUCUCGUGAAUCAAGUAUCUGAAUAUCUGAGAAAGAAAACAAAAUUAAGAGAAUCAUGGAAGAAUACCAUAAAUGCUACAAAGAACUCAAGCAAAUGUAUGAUGAGUUUUGCGAGGAAUUCUAUUUCUGAUUUAUUCAUUAAACAUUUAAAUUUUACUUUUGUUUUUAAAAAACAAAUUGACGAGUAUUUUAACUGA